ACGCCCCCUCCCAUGCGGCAACUACCACAUGUUCCAGUGCUGAGCUGCCGGCAAAGCAUAGGAGUUAAGGGGCCAAGAUGGCGGCGCGGUGGGGAGUCGGAGAGGAGACUUUAACCAUCGGAGGAAUGGAGCUCUUCACCGCCGGUGGCCCUCUUCAGUGCAAUGUCCUGGAGGACCAUGAGUCUUGUUCUGGUCUUUCAGACCUCAGCCUGGAUGCAGGAGGAUUCCUGGGAACUUUCCAGGGCUAUGUGGAUCACUCUAUCAUAUCUAUCAUUGAUGAUACAGGUGCACUGGCUGAGAACAAAGGUCACUUUGAUGAGGAGAAUGAGCUGUCACUUCUGAAUGCUCUAACAGAGAUUCUGGACAAUGCCGAUGAUGAGAAUAUGUCUCCGUUUGACACCAUCCCAGAUACUGAACUACUCGUUUCCCCAAAAGACAAAGAAAACGCUACAUUGCAGAGAUUUCUAAGUCUAUCGCGUACACCGACUGAUCGAGCGGUUUCACCUUUGGAUGAACAACGCGGAAUUAAUGGCAAGUUUGACACAUCAGGUCAGAAUUGGGAACUGUUUACAGAAAAUAUCAGUUCUACACCAAAGAGACACAACAGGCAGAGGAACACGAGGGGAUGUCUAACACGGAGGUUAAAAUCAGAGCUUACCCAACAGCGAAGUGAUGGGGAAGAUGAAGAGUUCCCAAGCCCAGAAAAAAACUUUGAAAAAGACAGCACUGCUGUAGAUUUUGAAUCGGAAUUUGCUGUAAAUUCAGUAAACAGGGAAAAUGUGUUUGAGGAGGAGGUGCUUAUGAAGAGAAUACCUUGUAUAAUUAAUACAGAAAAUGUUGCUCUUAAUGACCUUGUGAAAUAUAUGCACCCAUAUUGCCUUCCAUCAAUUGCUGCUUGCAUGGACCCUAAAGAGUCUGAGAUUGAGGAUAACCUCAAUGAAGGAAUAUUUCUUGAAAUUGUAGCAAAUGGAAAAUGUAUUAAAUUGCCAGUGGUGAUUGAGCCAGCAGAGGAGAUGGAGUCCGAAGGUUUAGAAGAAAAAGUCUGUCUUUCAGGGGGAAAAAAUUCAGAUGUUGAAAUGCAACAAUCUUCUGAAGAACAGUGUGGAUCGCUACAGGAUAGUGAUCAACAUUUAGUAAAAAGUACAGAUGAAUGUACACAAUCGGUGCAGGAACCAAUACUUCUUGACUGCAAAGAAAUUUUGCCAAUUCUAUCCUCUCAGGGGGAGGAACCCACAUUGGAGCCACAGCAAAAGGACAUUGUGGAAAACGAACCUAAAUUUGAGCCUUCUUCAGAAAACAAUGGUUUAAGCCAAACCAUUUUCAAACAAUGCAAUGAUUUUGGCACAAAAGGGAAUGAGCUAGCAGAGUCUGGUCCUAUAAAGAAAGAUAAUGAACCAGAAGCUUGUGUUAAAGAACAUGCGGCACAGAAGGGGAAGAAAUCUGACAAAGUAUGUCACGGCAGCCAAAAGUCCAAGCUGAAAACGAAAAAGAAGACGGUUGAAUGUAAACAGCAAGAUGUUGUUGAGAAGAUGACGCUACCGAACAACCAGCCUCCUGUGUGUGUGAAUAACCCAGUAGUGCAGGAGUCAGAUUUUCUAAUAAAACAACUAGAGCAGGUGAAAAUGGAGACUCGGUUGGAACUAAGGUCUUCUAAAAUGGUCAGAGCGAAAGCCCGAUCAAGACAAAACAUGGAUAAUUCCAAUGCUUCAGUGAAGAAACUACACAACGGUAAGACUAAAAAGAUAGAGAAGCCCGUUGCCAUAGAAAAUGAGCAAGCAAAGAAAAGUUCAGAAAAUACUGCUUCAGAGAAAGAUUUAGCUCAAAACAAUGUAGAAAUGGUAUGUGAACAAGCUGAAGGCAAAUCGGAUAAACACAUAGAAGGGAAUACAGUGUUAGAUGACAAGACUGUCCAUCAACAAGAGGAUGAAGGUAAAGAUUUCCUUCCAAAUAUCCAGUGUAAAGAGAGUCUUGAUUUGGAUGAGAAGAGCACAAUGAAAGGGGAGGUAGAAAAUGACCCUAAUGCACUACAGAUGUCCAAACCAAAGUCCCUCAGUUUAAGUGAGUACAGGAUGCGAAUGCAACAUCGCAAACCGAAUGCAGAGCAGCGAGACAAUGAAAGUAAAUGGCCCUCCAUUCCUGAGCCGCCAACUGAACUGGCAGAAAUCCCUUGUUUGGUUGUACCUGGAAAGGAAGAGGUUUCUUUGAAACCAUCCAAAGUAAAGCCAUUAGAGGAAAAACCCAGGGCUGAAGAACCAUCUGGCUUGGAAAUCUCAUCUAGCUCUGUUUCUGCAACAUCUUCACAGCCAGUACUAAUUUCAGAAGCUCUGCAACCGAAACAGCCUGAUAUGCAGGCACAAACUGUUGCUAUGGACAUUGCUCCUUUCAGCGUGACUUCCCAACCAAAUGUUCCACCACCUCCUUUUUAUACACCUGCGUGGCCUUCUGUUCCCUUGCAACCCCCAUACUAUCCAAGUAUACCUCCUCCAAAUGCAGUUACAUUUGCAAACGGUGUACCACAUGAUCCCUUGCACACACUACCUAUGCCUCCACCACCUGUUAUGGCUUGGCCUCCAUUUCCGCCACCACCAUUUGCAAUGGGUCCUGUUCCAUCUCCUGAUAUGCCUCUCUUGGGUGCGGGAUUACCUCCUCCACCACUUCCUUUUUGGCCACAUCUACCAAUGCAGCAAGGUUUACCUGAAAGAGGUCCACCAUCUCUGAGCACUGAUGGAACCACUGCCAUGCCUCCAGUUGCUUUUAGUGACGUUAAUAAAAAUAUUGACUCUCACUUGUCUAAAGAGACCUACGUUGCACCGGUUAAACACCAUAGUCAGAAUAAUUCUGCAGUCAGCAGUCAAAAAAGAAAGAAAUCUGAUAAUAGUGGAUUAAUUUCAAAGGAUAGGAAUACCAAUGACGUAGCAAAACCUCCAAAAGAGUUCAUUAAACAAAACACAGUGCCCCUUAAGCAGUCUGAGACUAGAACAUCAAAGUUACCUGCAGAGAGCCACUCUGACCUCAGGAAGUUGGAUCUUUCUAAAUCUGCUGGAUCGGCGGCGAAGAUGCUGGAAACUAUGCCAGCAGAGCCAAAAAAGGUAAAUUUGCAGGAUCCAAACAUCAAGUUUGCAAAUCCAGUGGUCUUAAAGAUCAUGGAAAUUCUUAAGAAAGCUCAAAAACUAGGUUUUCAAAUAAACCCUCAGCAACCUUUGCAAUCUGGAAGUUCAAAAUCGGGAACACUUCUCCCCUGUCCCUUAAAACCAAUUCAGAAGCCUUGCAAAGAACAAGGAAAAGUAAAUCCUAAGCGUCUGACCAAAAGUCUUGACAAAGAUCCCAUCCUGGAGAAUCAGCCAAAAGGUGAACCUAUAAAAAUAGCAUCUGAUAUGCAGAAACAAGGGAAGGUUGAAAGUUCACAGGUGCCCAGUAUCCACCCAGUCCAACAGAAAAUAUCCAUAGAUGCCACCCCUGGAGACACUAGAGCUGAUGGGAACAUCAAGAUCACUUCAGCAGUUGCAAAUGAUCCGCAGGCUCCUGUGGAAAACUUCACUUGUGAAGAAGGUAUUGAAGCUACAGAUCUAACCAGUCUUCUGGAACAGUUUGAAAAGUCUGAGGCUAACAAUGAGGAACGACACACACAAAGUCCUGAGUUAAAAGUGGCUGUAGGAAACUCUGGGUUCGAAAGACCAAUGGAGAAGAAGGUACUGGACAGACUUCUGGCUCCUGAGUUGGCCAGUACUGCUGGGUUAACUCCACCAGCAACUCCACCGCAUCAGAUGUGGAAACCAGCAAUUGCUUCGUCUCUGACUGGAAAAGCAAAACCACUACAUGGAAACUUCCAAGAUCGAGCUUGUACUUCUCCACUAAAGGCUGCAAAGUUAAUUGAAGCAAAGCCUCUUCCACAGUGUAAACUACGUAACAAAAGCACAGUGAUUGCUCCUGUUUACGCACAACCUCCUAUCCACGUGGCAUCGGGUGAUCACGACUAUUGUAUUCUUGCCACCGGCAAGUGUCCAGUUGCUGCUUCAUCUGCCCUUACACAAUCCGAGCCUGAAACUGUCAACAUAACCCAGCCUUCCCGAUGGAAUGUUAAGCAUCACCAAAAUAUUACUAUAAAGCCUAUAGUGCCGUUUAAUAAAAGGGUUCAGAACAAAUUGUGUCCGAAUCAGGCCACAACUCUUGAAGUGUGCAACCAAAGUAUUCCCUGUGGAACCAACAAGUCUGUACCAUCUCAUAGUAAUAGCCAGAAAAAUACCAAUGAUCCACUAGAUCAUAGGACUAAUGUAGUAGAAUCUGUGGCAGAAAAGCACCCAGGUUCAGUGUUAAUGUCUCCAGAUGCGUCACCUUGCCGCAGUGAAGACUGGGAGACCAGAACUAGUGUUAGAAGGGAAGAUACUGCUUUUUCCCGGAGAUCUUUGCGCUGCUACAGAAGAUACAGAAGUUCUCCUAGCCCUCAGAAAUCCAGCCGUAGCCGUUCUUGUAGCGCAGAUUCUUCAUGCUCUUCAUCCUCUUCAAGUUCUCACUCAAGAUCUCCUCCAUCAAAGAGGCAGAGAAUUUACAGAUCAAGAAGUCGCCACAGGUCUCGCUCUUCCUCCCGAUCUAGAUACCAUGGCUCAAGCAGCAGGUCUUGGUCAUCUUCGUCCUCAUAUUCCUCCCGCUCCUGCUCUCCAUCCUCAAGCUGCUCUGGCUCCCGCUCUAGAUCCCCCUGUCGCCGGAGGUACAGGAGCAGAAGUAGAAGGUGUGAGUCUCGAGAGAGCUGUAACAGGCAGAAGAUCCAGCACAAGGAACAGGCAAUAGAGGAAAGGAGAGUCGUCUACAUUGGAAAAAUUAACAGUCUCAUGACAAGAACUGAGCUCAAAAGCAGAUUUUCUGUUUUCGGGGAAAUAGAGGAAUGCACAAUUCACUUCAGGGAGGAAGGUGAUAACUAUGGCUUUGUCACCUACCGCUACACUUGUGAAGCCUUUGCUGCCAUAGAAAACGGCCACAAGCUACGGCUUCCAGACGAGCUGCCUUUUGACCUCUGCUUUGGCGGCAGGAGACAAUUCUGUAAGAGCAGUUACGCUGAUCUGGAUUCAAACAAGGAUGACUUUGAUCCAGCGCCCAUAAGGAGCAAAUUUGAAAGUCUAGAUUUUGAUACGUUAUUGAAACAAGCCCAGAAGAAUAUCCGGAGGUAACGUUAGGAGCAAGUGCUCAAGCAAAGAGAUCAAACCUAUAGAGUCUAUAACUAUUUACCUCAAAACACUGGAUAUGGCCAUUCACUAAAAAAAGCAUGACAAUGCUGUUCAAGGAAAAGCGUGCCCUAUUUUUUUUUUUCUAAAAUAAACAAGAAAAUCGUAAUAAAAAGGUUUAAAGAAAAUUCGAUGUUUUUUAAUGACAUUUGUUUUUCUAACCUAUUUAACAAAUGCUCAAAGUGCAUUGGGAAUAAAGUAACUAUGUCUAUACUAUAUGAUAAAUAAAUCACUAUGCAGAUUUAAAAAUAAAAUCAAUAAAAAAGAUGAACUAGAA